AGGGAGUGAGUGGGAGUAUUAUAGAGAAUAUUAAACUUUCUAAAUGUACAACAAUAUAACAUGUGGCAACAAAAUGGCCUUGAACCUUAUUCUUAUGAGCAUUAAAAGUAACAGUAUACUGUAUAUAUCACAAAGGAACUUACCAAUAUGUCUGGUGCAAGAUGAACUGUGUAUGACAAAAUGACCCAUUCAAAUUUUUUUUCAUGGAGGACAAAAAGGUCACAUAAUUGUACACCCAUUUGUGUUUUCUUCACUGAAGUAGGUGUGGUCACACCUGCACCCAUUGUAACCACUUGGCUGUCCACACCGACACCAACCGGAGUAAUUGUCGUUGUAGCAUGGCUGCGGCAGCGGCGGCGGGAGUGGUGGGGCCAUCUGGGGCCCGCCGUACCACUCGUAACCCGGCUCGAAGCAGUACAUUGACGGCGGGUACCCGUGGGAAAACGGCAUCACGGACACUUGCCCCGGGGGAGGCAUGUUCAUCACGGGCACCUGCCCCGGGCCAGGCAUGUUCAUCAACGGCUCCGGAUGCUUCAUCGGUAUCGGGAACGACCCCGGAAACGGGACACCUUGUUUGGGCAUCUCGGGCAUGUCUUUGGGCUUCUCGGGCCCUUUCGGUUUUUCCUUGGGCUUCUCUUGGUCUUUUGGUUUUUCUUUUGGCUUCUCUUGGUCUUUCGGUUUUUCUUUCGGUUUCUCUUGGUCUUUCGGCUUUUCUUUGGGCUUCUCUUGGUCUUUUGGUUUUUCUUUGGGCUUGUCAGCCUCUUUCGGCUUCUCGGAAUCCUUGGGCUUCUCGGAAGGCUUGGGUGCAUCCUUGGGCUUCUCGGCGGGUUUCGGAGCAUCCUUGGGCUUCUCGGCGGAUUUGGGCUUAGGAGGGUCGAGGAUUUCAAUAGUCUUUAUUACACCACCCCCCUUGUAACAUAGUUUGUCGCGGAUCUUCUCGGGGCUACAGCAAACCACGGUGAUCUUAAUCUUAUUCUCCUCCUCAAUGUAUAUUUGGUCUCUGAUUUCUUUGGUUCCCAACACACAUAUAUAUAUAUAUCAUAAUAUAUGUCAAUCAAAAAUCAAACUAAAUCCACAGGGUAAGUAUAUAAUGGACCUAAUGCCCAUAUUAAGAAUUAAAAAACAUAUAGAGCCUCUAAUAUUUCAAUCAUAAUUAAAGCUAUGACAAAACAAAAGAUAGCAGAGGCCAUGGAAUGGAAAACAAAGUUGAUAAGGAGUGUUUAUUACGCAUUUAUUGUCUUUUUUUGGAAAAAAGUGCAUUUAUUAGUCCAGAAAUGUACUUUUUACAAAAAUAAAAAUAAAUGUGAAAUAAAUGUUUUUUUGUUGUGACAAAAAAUUGUGGGACAAAUACAUCUUAUAAAUUGUACUCAAAGAUAUGUUGUGUCCUUCGCAAAAUGGAGAACAAAAGAUAAUCCUAUGGAGAAGUAUACAUUUUUUUUAAUGAUGAUAAUAAACAUAGAAAAAAUGAUUAAAAUAAUUUGCUCUUUUUAUUUUAUACGGAGUAAUGGGGUGAUAAUAAUUUGUUAAAAUCAAGGAAGAACCCAAAGAGAGUUUUUAUGAUGAAACUAUGGAUAUAGUUCUCCAUAAAUAGAAAUAGAAGUAGUGUCAACUU